UGAAAAUAAAGAAAGAAACUUUAGUUGAAACUUUGGAAAGCAAAGAAUUAAGGGAAUUAAACCGAGGAAUCCCAUGGUGUCCUUUCUCUGACAAUCUCUUUAGCAGUCUUUACUCUUGAAGGUGGGACUUUGGAAGAGUAGACUAAAAUCCGGAAGUAGCACUGAAACCCUGAAAUACUAGCAACUGGUCAAACCUCUGUCUCUCUCUUCGUUCUGAAAAUCAUAGUAAUCAUGGAGUAUUCAAAUCACCAUUCCCAGCACCAGCUUCAAGACCAGCUCGUUAAUGCUCCUACUUCUUCUUUACCUACACUUCCAACAUGUACACUACUUCAAAGCACUAGUACUGCAAAUAAAUAUUCCACCUCAAGCAAAAUCAUUUUAUCAUGCAGGAAUAGUACAAGUAGUGGUAACAAUGACUAUAAUCAGCUAACUGAAGCCAAUAUUCCAUAUUCAAGAGCAUGGUCUCCUCAUGAUCAUCAUCACGACUUUAUUAGCUAUCAUAAUGAUAAUACAAGAAGCUUCAACCAACUACAAUAUUCACCAAAUCUAGAACUACUACUUCCCCUUUCAAAUAUAAAGGAAGAGAAUUCAGAUUCUUUCUCCAAAUUGAGUGAGAGGAUAAGCGACCCUUUAGAGAUAGUAGAUAGGUUGAAUCACCUAUCUACAAGCUAUAAGCAAAAUAUCAAUAUUCCUCCUCCUUGUGACAUGGUUGACAAUACAUGGCUCAAUGACAGCUCCAUAUCAUCGGCCGGUUGCCAAAAGUUUUCAGCUGGAGAUCAAGUACCCUAUUUUAACACUACUACUGGAACUACUUUCGGAGGUUUCACGGGAGUUGCUGCAUUGGAUCUUAGAUAUGACAUGAGUGAUACUUUUCCAGUAAGUACUACAAAUUAUAAAGGGCUCUCGGAUUCGCUGUGUUCGUCAUCAUCAUCAUCAUUAGGCUUGAACUUUCAGGGUUUAGAUCUCUUGUCAUCUACUAGUUAUCCUUGUCGUCAGAGCGCUUCACAUGUCAAUCUUGGUCUUUAUGAACGAAGUGGGCCUUUAGGUCAUGAUGACCAUCAAGACGUUCAAAAGUCGAAGGAUAGCCCAUCAUCAAACAGCUCCAGUAUUACGUCAGCUUUCAAAAAUGAAGUUUCCAGAACAAAGAGACCUAGCAAUAGCGGUAAUAUCUCUGAGCCCAAGGCAUCCCAAUCAGCUACUAAGAAGUCAAGACCCUCAAACCCACCACCACUGAAAAUCAGAAAAGAGAAACUAGGAGACAGAAUUGCAUCUCUUCACAGGUUGGUGGCACCUUUUGGCAAGACGGAUACAGCAUCUGUAUUAACAGAAGCUAUUGGUUAUAUCCAAUUCCUUCAUGAUCAAGUGCAGACAUUGAGCUUGCCUUAUAUGAAGUCACUGCAAAGCAAGCUCUCUAGAAAGAUGCAACAGGGAUUGCGCAAAGAGGAAGAAAAGGAAAAGGAAACAAAGCUGGAGCUUAGGAGUAGAGGGCUAUGCCUUGUACCCAUAUCUUGUGUUUCAUAUAUUAGUGGGUACGAUUGAGGAACUUAAUUGGACCCACUUUAUAAAUUAAAUUGGGCAAGUGGAGAAUAUGUAUUAAAAAACUGAUUGAGAAUUUUUAUUAUUAUUUCUGUUUCGGGGGUGAAAAAUAAUUGAAGAACAUGUCAAGCACUUCUAAAUAGGGUCACCCACGUUUUUCAAUACAGAGAGGGACAACAGGCUUAAUAUUUUCAGGGCCACCUAUUGUACUUUUGGAAACACCAACACAAUGCGCAAUCUUCGAUCAAUAAAUCAUUGUUCUUUUUAUAUAAUUUUAUUUUA